AUGGCACCCGUUGGCGCCCUGCUUUGGCGCUCGCUUAGAGCAUACCAAAUCUACGGCGCCAAUACAGAUGUCGGGAAGACGGUGUUCGCCUCGAUCCUGUGCAACGCAGCCCGCAAGCUGUGGCCGCAUGAGCAAACAGCCUUCCUGAAACCCGUUUCUACGGGCCCGGCCUCUGAAGCCGAUGACGGGCACAUUGAAAGGUUCGCGCCCGGAAUCGCGAGGAAGACGUUGUUUCAGUUUGAGAUUCCCGCCAGCCCUCACCUGGCCGCUGCGGUCUCGAAGCAGCCAACCCCAAUCGAUAAUGAAGUAUUGAAAGGUAUCCACGGUUAUGCAUCACGCCGAGCAGCCGAAGGCCCCGGUUGGCUAUUCGUCGAAACGGCCGGCGGCGUACAUUCGCCGGCUCCGUCCGGAACCCCGCAGGCCGACCUCUACGCCCCGCUCCGCGUGCCGGUCGUUUUCAUCGGCGACGCCAAGCUCGGCGGUAUCUCGCAAACCAUAUCCGCCUUUGAGUCUCUGAAACUUCGCGGUUACGACGUCGAAUCGAUUUUGCUUUUCAAGGAUGACCAGUACCAGAAUUACUCCUACCUCACCGACUACUUUUCCCGCGGACACGGCAUUCCUGUCAAUUCUCUCGAGCAGCCUCCGGCUCGCGUCGAAGAUGCUGCAGCAGACGCCAAAGCUCUGUCUCAGUAUUACGACGAAAUGAGUUCAAGCGACACUAUCAAGGACACUCUAAAUCACCUGCACGACCGCCACCUUGCCAGAAUCUCCCGUCUCGAGACCAUGUCUCACGACGCGCACGACAUCAUAUGGUACCCGUUCACACAACACAAAGGUCUCACGCCGGAAAAGAUCACGGCAAUCGACUCCGCCCACGGUGAUUGCUUCCAGACGCUUGUCCCGCAAAGCAAGAGCACGUCGGAAGACCAAUCCCUCCUGCAGCCCUCGUUCGACGGAUCCUCGUCCUGGUGGACGCAGGGCCUGGGCCACGCCAACCCCAAGUUGACGCUCGCGGCGUCCUACGCCGCCGGCCGCUACGGGCACGUCAUGUUUGCAUCUGCCGUCCACGAGCCUGCCUUGGCGCUUGCCCAGACUCUCCUCGAUGGCUUGAAGAACCCGCGCCUCUCUCGCGUGUUUUACUCCGACAACGGCAGCACGGGCAUGGAAGUAGCCGUCAAGAUGGGUCUGCGCGCUUCCAGAGUUCGCUACGGCUGGGAGGCGAGCGAGAAGCUUGAAAUCCUCGGUUUGAAGGGCAGUUAUCACGGCGACACCAUGGGCGCGAUGGACUCGACGGAGCCGUCGGUGUUCAACGAAAAGGUAGAAUGGUACGAAGGGAAAGGUUUCUGGUUCGAUUACCCCUCUGUCAUGUGCAAGAACGGAGAGUGGACUGUUCGGAUACCGGAGGCCCUGGGCGGCGAACUCGGUGAUGGACAGAGUUUCAGCACCUUGUCCGAGGUCUUUGACGUCGUCGGCAGAGAAAGAGCACAGGAACAACGGGCGUACGAGAAGUAUAUCCUUAAAGUCCUCGCCGGCCUCCACGAGCAAGGCCGCAAGUUUGGCGCAUUGGUGAUGGAGCCUGUCGUUCUUGGAGCCGGAGGCAUGAUCAUGGCAGACCCGCUCUUCCAACGCACUCUCGUCAAAGUAGUCCGGGAACACCCCGAGAUGUUCGAAACAUCCAGAUCUACAGAACAAACAGAUCCCAACGCUUGGUCCGGCCUCCCCGUCGUCUUCGACGAGGUGUUUACGGGUCUCACCCGCCUCGGCCGCUUCUCGGCUGCGUCCUUCCUCGGCGUCGACCCGGACGUCGUAUGCAAUGCCAAGCUGCUCACAGGCGGCCUCGUGCCGCUCUGCACCACCUCGGCGUCCGAUAGCAUCUUCCGCGCCUUCGAGAGCGAUGAGAAGAGCGACGCCCUCCUGCACGGCCACAGUUACACCGCGCACGCCGUCGGGUGCCAGGUGGCUCUCGAGUCGCUGCACGAGCUGCAGAGGAUCGAUAAGCAGGGCGAAUGGGACUGGGCGAAGACUGGGACGUGGGCGGGCGGAGCGCCGCCCGCUGUUGCAGCGACCCAGAAGAAGCCGUCUGCCACUGCCGAGGUGUGGUCUGUCUGGUCUCAGCCGUUCGUCGACUGGGUUUCGAGACAGAGCGGCCGAGUUGCGGGGGUUUGGGCCCUGGGAUCAGUGCUUGCGAUCCACAUGGAAGACGCCGAUGGCGCUGGCUACCAGAGCAACGCAGCCGCUGAGCUGCAGAGCGCGCUGCUGAAGGGAGACACAGAUGGCGAUGGUCAGCGGUGGAACGUUCACAGUAGAGUCCUCGGCAACGUCCUUUAUGUCAUGACUAGUCAGACGGUGAAGCAGGAUGAUGUUGAGAGGUUAGAGAGCCUUCUUGCGCGAGCAUUGAAAUGA